CAACAUAUCUUUCGAAGAUGCAGAGUUCCAGUAACACUGCCCGUGCCAGGAGGGCAGUUCAGCAGCUGAGAAUAGAAGCCAGCAUUGAGAGAAUUAAGGUGUCCAAGGCCUCAGCAGACCUGAUGCACUACUGUGGAGAACAGGGUAAAUACGACCCUCUACUCAUGGGUAUACCAGCCUCUGAAAACCCCUUCAAAGACAAGAAGCCAUGCACUAUAUUAUAGUAGCGGAACAGCUGAAUUAUCUUUGCUUUUUGUUAUUUGUAUUCUUCUAUAGGGAGAAAUAUACAAUGUUAAUACCGGUACACUAUUUGCCUUAAGGCCAGCCCAGUCCCACUCCCCAUGUGUCCUUGUACUUUAGGUUGAUUUCAAAAUGUUACCUUAGGGCUCUGGUCAAAAGUAGUGCAAUAUAAAGGGAAUAGGGUGCCAUUUGGGACUCAUUCACUCUCUCAUUUAAACUAGUGCCAUUUUGGUAGAAUCAGGAUCAUUGGGCCUCUCUCUCCAUCAGAUACAACAAUUCAUUUGUGACCCAGAAAAAAAAGGGUUUAGUAUAGUUCAGUCAGUCAUAAAUAGAUAGUUCAUUAUGAGGCUCCUCUCAACAGAGACUGGUGUUCUUUCAGAUUGUUGCCAUAUGUUAUGCAGACUAAAGACCAGCUGGGUUUGAAAUGGGGGUUCCCAACUUUGUCAUGUUAACACUAAAACAGUUCCUUUAAAAUGUACCUCAACUUACUGACAGCAAAUGUAUUUUACAGUACAGCUACUGUAAUCCAUUUCACUGUAAUCCAUUUUACAGUACCACAAAUGUUACUGUAAUCAAAUUUACAGUACAUUACUGGAAUUACCCAUGCAGUAGCAUAUUAUCCAGUGGUCUUUGCAAAUUUUCAUUUUUAGAUUUACAUUUUGGUCAUUUAGCGGGCACUCUUGACCUUAGCAGCUUACAGUCAGUGCAUUCAACCAAGGUUGAUUAAAAAAAACACAUGUCAUUGCAAGUAAAACGUUUCUUUAACCGUAGAUACCAUUUUAUGU